UGGACGCACAUUGAAGAGCUUUACAUGGGGGGAAAUCCGGAAUUCUGAAAAUCUCACCGCCUCAGCCUCACUGCCCUGCCCUUUACGUUCCAGGAAUCCAGCCGGCAGACGCCAUACUCCUAGUGGUACUUUGCCACCGCAGGGUUCUGAAACUCAGAAGCGGUAUUUCGUGGAUAAUCGCGUUGUUCGUCGAACGGAAUCGAAAUCGCACACUUAUGAGAACCUAAGGGUUCUCGCUUUGGACUAUAAGCCAUACAGAUGGUUCAUAAGACACGUUCGGGGAAGAAAAUUAAUGUUGACAAGGCUAAUGGGAAUGGAUCAUCCAGUUCAGGCAUGGGAAAGAUGGAUCACCUAGGUUUAAGAAAGUCUGCUCAGGAAAUCCCAUCAAGGACUUCAAAGUCUAAACUGCUUGAGAAGCAGCCUCCACCUACACCUUGUACACAGAUAAAGUCUAGGAGACCUGAGAAACCGAACACUCUUAGUCCUUUAAGGACCCCUGAUAGAGAUAAAAGCCAUAUUCUAUCCUGUUCUUUGGUGUCAAAACUAUCUAAGGAAGAGUUGAAUUUGUCUGCCACAAAAAAAGAGAAGAGUGUGAAGCAGGUCACAAUGGAAUCUGAGAAAGUUAGCACUAGUGGUAACCAGAAUAUAUGCCUAAAAAGAAAGCGCAUUGAUGGGCGCAGUUUUAAAUCAAUGUUCAAAAUGCAACGAAGAAGAGAUGCUAUACCAGCAAUCGAUGAGGUUUCACUAGCAAAUGAGUCUCCUAGACUUAUUAGUGACUCCAAGCUUGUUGCGGACCAUGCUGCACAAGCUGAUGAAGUAGAUUCACUCUCUAGUUCAGAGGGUUUAAAUACAGGAAAUCUGCCAGAGGGGUGUUCUACUGCAACAAAGAAUCUCCCAGAUUUGAUAGGCUCUGCUCCUACAAGUGGUGGAUUUAAUUCACAAAAUGGAGAGCAUAGCAUUCAAAGAAAAGCAGCUGAUCGCCAAAUUGUGUGUGGAUUAGUUUAUAUGACCACUCAGUCAACAUUGGCGGAGCAUGAUAAACAUAGCUUUACUGGGUCUUGUGGUGUAUGUUUGAAACGGAAAAGGCUGGAUCAUGAUUCUCCAAAAGUAGAUCUCUGCACAUGUGUUGCAAUGCCAAAGAUGGAUUUUGGUAACAAAGCUAAUCAUAAGGAUAGAGUGGGUGUUGAAAGUACUGUUAUAUUGGGAUCUGCUGAAAGACAUUGCGCUGGGCAAUCUGAAGGUGCUAACAUGGAUUCUCAAGUGGAUAAUCACACAAAUGUUUGUGCUGUAUGCAAGCAAGGUGGAAAGAGCCUGCUCUGUUAUGGUGAAGGUUGCAGGAGAUGUUACCACCUCUCUUGCUUGGGUCCUAAUUUAGAUGAUAUUCCAUCUGGCAUUUGGCAUUGUCUCUGGUGUGUGAAGAAGAAGAUUAAAUAUGGUAUCCACUCAGUGUCAAAAGGAAUAGAGUCAAUUUGGGAUUCUAGGGAGGUGGAGGAGGUAUCAGGAACACAAAGGCAGAAGCAGUAUCUUGUCAAGUAUCAAGGUCUUGCCCAUGUUCACAACCAUUGGCUACCUGAAGCACAGUUAGUUUUUGAAGCGCCAUCUAUUCUUGAAGACUUUAAACAUAAAGAUCUGGGUUUAAGGUGGAAUUCAGAAUGGACAAAGCCUCAAUGUUUAUUGAAGAAAAGGUUGUUAUAUUUCUCCAAGCUGCAUGGUGGCGAACAAAUUCUUGAUGCUGGAGAUAAAUUAGAUUGCCAAUGUGAGUGGCUUGUGAUGUGGCAGGGCCUUGAUGUUGAGAGUGCUACAUGGGAACUGGAGAAUGCUGAUUUUCUUUGUUCAUCUCAUGGUCUGAGCCUCAUUAGGGAGUAUGAGAUUUGUCAAGGAAAACAGGACAUGAUGUUCUCACAGCUUACUGCAUCAGAUAAUAGAUUGGAGCUUUCCAAGUUUAUUGAGUACUGGCUUCCGGUUCAAGUUUCCAAUUUGCAGCUUGAGCAGUACUGUAAUACACUACUUGCAAAUAUCAAUGCUCUAUGCUCUCACUCCAAAAAAAGUGAUCCUGUUGGAGUGCUCAAUGAAGUUCUUCUCGCUGUUCGAAAGUGUUGUAUUCAUCCCUACAUUUUGGAUCAGACCGUGGUUCCCUUAAACAAGGGGCUGUCACCAUCUGAGAUUUUGGAUGUUGGAAUAAAAGCAAGUGGAAAAUUGCAUCUUCUUGACAAGAUGCUCUCAGAAAUGAAAAGCCAACAUCUAAGAGUAGUUGUCUUUUAUCAGUCUAUUGGCCCUGUAGCAACACUUGGUAAUAUAUUGGAUGAUUUUUUGCGAGGAAGAUUUGGGGACAAUUCUUAUGAACGUGUUGAGACUAGUCUCAAUACUUCCAAGAGGCAAGCUGCUCUCAAUAGGUUCAGGAAGGAGGAAAGUGGCUUGUUUGUACUUCUAUUAGAGAAGCGUAUUUGUAAUACAAGUAUUAAACUAUCAUCAGUGGAUGGUGUCAUCAUAUAUGAUGGUGAUUCUAAUCCACAGAAUGAUUUGAGGCUUCUACAAAAAUUAUCAUUUGUGUCACAGUCUAAACCAAUUAGAGUUUUCCGGUUAUAUUCAUGUUAUACAGUGGAGGAGCAAGCUCUUGUGAUUACAAAGCAAAAUCCUAAUGCUGAUAACUUACAAAGUUUAAACAGGAAUGUGAAGAACACUCUCAUGUGGGGUGCAUCACAUUUAUUCAGUAGAUUAGAUGAGUACCAUGCCAGUGACAGCCAGGCAUCAGCUUUGGAUAUAUCAUGUGGACAGUUACUUUUAAAUGAUGUUGUCAAGGAAUUCUGUGCCAUAAUUUCACAAAAUAGUGAAACUGAUGAUAUUCAUAAUUCGGUUAUUUCCAAAGUUCUUAAGAGUUCGGGACCUUGCAUUACGGAUAUUCCAUUAUUUGGUGAGCAGAAAUUUAAGUAUACAUGUGGAGAAGAGCCUCAAGUGUUUUGGAAAAAGCUGUUGGAGGGAAGAAAUCCACAAUGGAGACAUAUAAGUGGGCCGACCCCAAGAAACAGAAAGAGAGUCCAGUACUUUGAGGACUCAUCAUGUUCUCUAGAGGUUAGCAAUGAUGAUGCAGGAAAGAAACGUAGGAAGACAGUGAACAGUAGUGUGGAUGCUAUUUCCACUUCGCCUGUAUCUGAAGGCAGUCAACCUGCUGCUUUGAAUGAAGGUCCUUCUACAAUUAAAGCUGCUAAUCAGUCAUUGCCAACAUCUACUGCCUGUCAAAACAGUGCACACACUGGAGACCAUGCCUCUAAUUCUUCAUGCAGCCUGUCACAUGAGGUUAAUGUUGAACCUGUGGAGAGAGUAGCCUUACCUGAUGAGCAGAAGAGCCUUCACAUCUAUCUAAAAACGGAGAUGGCUAAAGUUUUUGAAGUGCUAAAACUUUCGGACGGUAUCAAACACGUGGUUGGAAUUUUUUUAGAUUUUAUCAUGGAGAACCAUCGUGUUAGUAGGGAACCAGCUACACUCUUACAGGCAUUAGAAAUAUCUCUGUGUAGGGUGGCAGCCUCACUUUUAAAGCAAAAACUUAACGAGAAUGAGAUGCUUAUGUUAACAAAAGAGCAUCUGGGUUUUGAAUGUACUGAAGAUGAGGCAACUAAUGUAUAUCGGAAGCUGCGUUCAUUGAAGAAAGCAUUUUUGCAGCACUUGGAAAAAAACGAAAUCACCUCAAGGCAUUCUGAACCAGCAUUGAUAUUUGUUACAGGAGGACUGUCAAAAGGGAUGGAGAAUGUUACGAAAGAAAAUGUUGUUGCACAGCAGACCACAACUUUAAAGGAUAAAGUGGUUGAAAGUGAAACAGAAAAGAUGAUUAAGAAAGUUCAAUCCAAGUGUAACAUGAGGAUGUCAAGGCUUAAAGAAAAGCAACAGGAGGAAAUUGAGAACUUCAAAAAAGACUGUGAGGAGAAGAGAGCGGCUAUUAAGAAACAUUACAGAGUGCAGUUUGCCAUUGUCCGUGCUGUAUAUUGUGAGACUCCUCUGGGAAAGAACAACCUCAAGAACUUAAAUAAUCGGCUUUCAAGGGAAAUAGAGGAACUCAACUGCCAUAAGGACUUAAAAAUGAAAGAAUUUGAGCAGAAGCAUAAUAAGGAAAUAAAUGAGGAAAUUCAAAAUACUGCUUUUUGGGUUUCUAAAGCUGAACUGUGCAGUACUGAAGAUACUAAUCUGCAUUUGUAUGCAUCUGAUUCCAGAGAUGUUGAUGAAUACCUUCAAGAAAGUGCUGGUAAUAAUAUAUCUGAUUCAAGAGAUGGCACUGGAGACCAAGAUAUUGCAGACACCGAUAAUAAUAGUAUAUCCAAUUCCAGGGAAGACAAUGGGAACCUUCAAGAUAUUGAAGAUGACAAUAGAGAGAUAUCUGAUUCAAGGGAUGAUGUUAGAAACCUUCAAGAUAUUGCAGAUGUCAAUGAUAAUCCUACGAAUGUUGCUUCUAGAGAUGACAUAGGCAACCUUGAAGAUAAUGUAGACAUCAAUAAUCAUAACAACAAUAAUAGCAAUCCUGCAAAUGUUGCUUCUGCAGAUGACAUUGGCCACAUUCUAGAUAAUGCAGAUUUCAAUGAUCCUCCAGGGGCUGCUUCUGUAUCUGAGUGUCAUUUAGAAGCAAAUGAGCCUAUUAAUAUUUUGAAUGAAUCAGAGAGCAGCAUGGCACCUUCUAGUGUGCCCACAACUACCACAGAUGUCUCAUCAGCUACAGUUUCUGAGAAGCCAAUGGUGACUAUAUCCCCUGCAGAAGCAUUAGUAUCUAGUCUUAAUCAGCCCAAUGAAGUGGGUAAUAUUGAUGAUCAUUGUGAGGAUACUGUUCCAGUGGUCCCACUGACUUCUGAAAAGCAUACUAUUGAUGAGAGCUCACUGGGGGAGCAUGCUAAUGGAUUUUCAAUAGAAGUGCAUGAAUGUGCUCGUACUGAAGAUGUUAUACCCAACCAUCCAUCAGAAGUGCACGGAAUUGCCCAUAAUGGAGUUCUGAGACAUGAGCAUCCUGCAGGAGCAAGUAUUACCACAAUGGUAAAAAAUUGUACACCUGCUAAUAAUACCGAUUUCCUGAAUAAUGAUGGAAAUGAGAAUGCUAUAGCUCACAAAUCCAUAGAUGGAAACUCAACAUCCCAAGAGCAAUUGUUAGUGGCCUUGCCCAGUUUACAGGCCGGUGCUUGUUCAGAUGAUAAUGGACUAUUACUGCAAACCCAAGAUCAGGUACCUCAAGAUCAGUGCUCCCCGCAUUUAGCAUCUAAUGAAUUGCAAUUCAAUCAGGGGCAGUUAUCAGAAUUUGAAGCUGGGUCUCCUAGAGUGGAUGAUGCCAGACAGGUUACAGAGUCAAAUUGUGAGGCCAUACUGAUUGAAAAUAGUGAGCCACAGCAACUACCUUCUGGUGGCAAUCAGCCUCCUCCUGAUGAAGUUGCAUAUGAGUCUCCUAAUCAUGAGAGCAAUGAUUUUCAUUCCUCUGAGACUUCUCCCCAGUUAGCUGAAGUUGAGACAGCAGCAGAACCUUUGUGCAAUGCUGAUUCUCAAGGCAGGGUAAGUUCGGAACUGCAUGCCUCAAUUCAUCUCCCUAAUAUGACACUUGAUUGCAGUCCAACAGAUUCAGCAGUUAGUAGAAUUGACUGCCAGCCUAGUGGUGAACUGCAUUGCUCUUCUGAGAACACUCAGACUUUGCCCCAUGAAGUCAGGAUCACAAGUGAACUUCCUAAUCAAGCAAUUUUACAACCUUUGAAUCUGACCUCUAUUCAGGGACCUAACGACAUGCGAAUGCAUCAUGCACAUUUUAUGCCUGCCUUGAAUUCACCUAUCCGUAUGCUAGUUAAUCCUCUCUCAAAGGAAUUGGAAAGGAUACACAGAGAAAUAGAACAAGCAGUAAAGUCCCAUGAAGAUUGGAAAUUGCAGCAGAGAUCUGAUUGUGAAAAGGAAAUAAAGGAAAUGAUUGAGAGAAUACGCAACAAAUAUGAGACAAAAAUUAUGGAGGGUGAGAAUGCUUUUUUCCUGAGAAAGAAUGAACUUGAAGGGAAUCAAAACAAAGUUCUUAUGAACAAGAUAUUGGCUGAAGCUUUCAGAUCUAAGUGCUUGGAUCCCAGGCCCACUGUGUUACCACAAAUGCAGCAAGCUGUACCUUCCAGUUAUAUGCAGCAGCAGCAUUAUCUACAGCAUGCAUCAAUGCAGCAGCCCACAUUGAGAUCUCCUGUUGGCUUAUCUUCAGCCGGACAGCAAACUACUAAUCUAGCUUGUAUGAGUAUGAGGCCACCACAAUCAAUUGCUGGCUUUUCUUCAGCUGGCCAACCUAUGGUCGUGCAGCAGACUUCUGUCCAAUCUUUACAAGGUGCUAAUCAUUCAACAGAACUUUCCAGGGAAUAUCGCCCUCCACCCAUGUCAAGAUCUAUCCCCACUGCUGCUGUAUCCUCUUCUAGCCCAUCAGCUGCUUCCCAGCCUCUAUCAAGUUUACAAUCCAUCCCUCGUUCAGCGGCACCAUCUGCUGUUCCUGCAAGACCACUGGUCAUCAAUGAUAUAUCCCCUUCUGCUGGAAAUCUACGAUUAGCUGGAGACAUUCGUGCCCCAGCACCACACCUACAUCAAUUCAGACCUACAUCUGUUUCUGCUGCCAGUCCAUCACCUCUCCCGACUGCUAUGCCAGGUUGUAAUGUGGCUGCUAACGUGCCUUCAUCUUCAUCUUCAUCUUCAUUCACCCAUGUUGCACCUCAACACCUGACACCUUCACCCUCCCUCCCCCGGGUUGCACCUCAAGUGCAGAUACGCUCACACUCUGUUCCUCGGGGGGUUACAAGUCAACAUCAGACGCCUUCAUCCUCCCGCCCUUGGGUUUCUCCUCAUCGCCCUUGGGUUGCAGCGCCACAUCAGACAUCUUCGUCCUCCCUCCCCCUGGUUGCACCUCAGCAGCCACAAAUAGUAUCCUCCAAUCUUUCACACCAGAAGGUACCAGUACCCGCACCACCACAGCUACAACCACCCACUGUAAAUAAGAACUCAGAACCCAACAAUAGAGUCUUGACAACUGGUAAUAGUCCACUUUCUGCUUUGUUGCUCAGAGAUCUUGAUAGCCAACCUUGGCCAAGGCCAAGUAAUUAUUUACCUCCUUUACCAGAAAUCUGUGCUACGUUUGAUUCAAUAGACCUAUCUGACUUUGGAACAACAGGCAAUGCAGCCGGCACCUCUGCAGCUGAACCAAAUGCUGUUGCUGAUGUGGUCUGUCUGUCUGAUGAUGAUUGACCUAUUUAUUUGUAGCGUGAUCUCUUCUCAGUGCAAUGUUUUGGCUCGCUGGUUGGUGCUCGUGCUGAUGACAUGGAGUUCUGCGCUUUUUUGGUAAAGCCUGCCUGCGGUGUGAAGAUGCCCUGUGGACUAACUACAGUUCUACAAUUCUUUUUUUCUUUUCUCUUUUGGUGAAUCAAGUGCUGCAGGUAUAUGUAAAAUCUAUCCUUUCGUAGUACCGGUGAAUGCUCUAAUAUUCUCACCGUUCUUAUACCAUCGCUUUCUCUUUAGUUUAUAACUAUUUAAGUAAUCGCUAUUCCUUUCCUUUAUGUAGUAGCGGAAAAGUAAAAUGCUGAUAUAGUUUUUAAAAAAUUUUGGUUAUUUGGUGAA